AUGCUUGUCCCCAAGAGUAAGAGAGCCAUGGCUGGCCUGCGAGGGAAUGCUGGAGCCUGCCUUCUCUGGCUGCUGCUGCUUUGGAGUGGGGACAAUGGCUGCCAGGCCCAGCGGGCAGGUUGCAAAAGUGUCCAGUACGACCUGGUCUUCCUCUUGGACACCUCCUCCAGCGUGGGCAAGGAGGACUUUGAGAAGGUCCGGCAGUGGGUGGCCAACCUGGUGGACACCUUUGAGGUGGACCCCGACCGCACCCGCGUGGGGGUCGUGCGCUACAGCGACCGGCCCACCACGGCCUUCGAGCUGGGCCACUUCGGCUCGCGGGAGGAGGUCAAGGCGGCCGCGCGUCGCAUCGCCUACCACGGGGGCCACACGAACACGGGCGACGCGCUGCGCUACAUCACCGGCCGCAGCUUCUCCCGGCGGGCCGGUGGCCGCCCCGGGGACCGCGCCUUUAAGCAGGUGGCCAUCCUCCUGACCGACGGCCGGAGCCAGGACCUGGUGCUGGACGCCGCGGCGGCCGCCCACCGGGCGGGCAUCCGCAUCUUCGCCGUGGGCGUGGGCAAGGCCCUGAAGGAGGAGCUGGAGGAGAUCGCCUCGGAGCCCAAGUCCGCCCAUGUCUUCCACGUGUCCGACUUCAACGCCAUCGACAAGAUCCGGGGCAAGCUGCGGCGCCGCCUGUGUGAGAAUGUGCUGUGCCCUAGUGUCCGUGUAGAAGGAGAUCGCUUUAAGCACACCAAUGGAGAAACCAAGGAAAUCACGGGUUUUGACCUGAUGGAUUUGUUCAGUGUGAAGGAAAUCUUGGAGAAGAGAGAGAAUGGAGCACAGAGUUCCUAUGUCCGGAUGGGAUCCUUCCCAGUGGUGCAGAGGACCGAGGAUGUGUUUCCCCAAGGUUUGCCUGAUGAGUACGCCUUUGUCACAACCUUCCGGUUCAGGAAAACAUCUCGGAAAGAAGACUGGUACAUCUGGCAGGUCAUCGACCAGUACGGCAUCCCACAGGUCUCCAUCCGCCUGGACGGCGAGAACAGGGCAGUUGAGUACAACUCUGUGGGGGCCGUGAAAGAUGCCGUCAGGGUGGUCUUCCGAGGCUCUCGGGUCAACGACCUCUUUGAUCGAGACUGGCACAAGAUCGCCCUGAGCAUCCAGGCCCAGAACGUCUCCCUGUACAUCGACUGUGUGCUGGUGCAGACGCUGCCCAUUGAGGAGAGGGAGAACAUUGACAUCCAGGGCAAGACUGUGAUUGGCAAGCGCCUCUACGACAGUGUGCCUAUCGACUUUGACCUGCAGCGGAUUGUGAUCUACUGUGACUCGAGACAUUCAGAACUGGAGACUUGUUGUGACAUCCCCUCUGGCCCGUGCCAGGUGACCGUGGUGACAGAGCCUCCACCCCUGCCCCAGCGGCCUCCCACCCCCGGCAGUGAACAGAUUGGAUUUCUGAAGACCAUCAACUGCUCCUGCCCACCUGGAGAAAAGGGUGAAAAGGGCUUUGAUGGCCCUGUGGGACUCCCUGGCUUGAAGGGAGACAUGGGAGCCACUGGGCCUGUCGGUGCUCCUGGACCCAAGGGAGAGAAGGGCGACAUGGGAAGAGGACCUUUUGUCCGAGGAGAAAAGGGUGAAAAGGGCUCACUGGGCCCACCCGGUCCCCCUGGGAGAGAUGGCAGCAAAGGCGUGAGGGGGGAGCCAGGAGAGCUGGGAGAGCCGGGGCUGCCUGGUGAGGUCGGCAUGCGGGGGCCCCAAGGACCGCCUGGACUUCCCGGACUUCCUGGACAUGUUGGAGCUCCCGGUCUCCAAGGAGAACGAGGUGAAAAGGGAACUCGAGGAGAAAAGGGGGAGCGAGGCCUGGAUGGAUUCCCUGGGAAGCCUGGGGAGACAGGAGAGCAGGGAAGACCUGGCCCUCCUGGAACGACAGGGUCCCAGGGAGAGAAGGGUGACACGGGACCUGCAGGACCUCCUGGUGUCCCUGGCUCUGUGGUGCAGAGAGAGGGCCUGAAGGGAGAACAGGGCGCUCCAGGACCGAGAGGUCAUCAGGGCCCACCUGGGCCACCAGGAGCUCCGGGUCUGAUGGGCCCAGAAGGCAGGGCAGGACCUCCUGGUUUGCAAGGCCUCCGA